UCAUGAGGAGCAGUCCAGACAGAAACACAUCGUUCUUCGCACAUUGGCUUUUAUACUCCCGGCAGCCAUGGCGGCUUACAGAGUCACUCCAGCUCUGCGCAGAGUUUUGCACGCAUUCAAGCAUGUUACAUACAGGUCAAGAUGUUGUGUCAUUGCAUCCCAUGCCCAAUACUCAACCGUGUAUGAUUCCAGUGAAAAGACCUUCGACAAAAUUCUCAUUGCCAACAGAGGAGAAAUUGCCUGCAGAGUGAUGAAAACAUGUAAGAAGAUGGGCAUCAAAACAGUUGCUGUUCACAGCGAUGUGGAUUCCAGUGCUGUGCAUGUGAAAAUGGCGGACGAGGCUGUCUGUGUUGGCCCCGCUCCCACCAGCAAAAGCUACCUCAACAUGGACGCCAUCAUGGAGGCCGUCAGGCAGUCGGGAGCUCAAGCUGUACACCCAGGAUAUGGUUUCUUGUCUGAAAAUAAGGAAUUUGCUAAGAGAUUGGCCGGAGAGGGUGUCACCUUCAUCGGACCCGACACGCACGCCAUCCAAGCCAUGGGAGACAAGAUUGAGAGCAAAUUAAUCGCCAAGCAAGCCAAGGUCAACACCAUCCCUGGCUUUGAUGGGGUGGUCAAGGAUGCUGAUGAAGCGGUCAGGAUUGCUGGGGAAAUUGGCUACCCCGUCAUGAUCAAGGCCUCGGCGGGGGGCGGGGGGAAAGGCAUGAGGAUCGCCUGGAAUGAUGAAGAAACCAGGGAAGGGUUCCGCUUCUCCUCUCAGGAGGCGGCCUCCAGCUUCGGAGACGACCGUCUUCUCAUCGAGAAGUUCAUCGAUAACCCUCGCCACAUCGAAAUACAGGUUCUUGCAGACAAGCAUGGCAAUGCCCUGUGGCUAAAUGAGAGGGAGUGCUCUAUCCAAAGGAGGAACCAGAAGGUGGUGGAGGAAGCACCAAGCACGUUCCUUGACCCUGAGACUCGGCGGGCGAUGGGGGAGCAGGCGGUGGCACUGGCCAAGGCCGUACAGUACUCCUCUGCCGGCACCGUGGAAUUCCUUGUGGACUCCAAGAAGAACUUCUACUUCCUGGAGAUGAACACUCGCCUGCAGGUGGAGCACCCCAUCACCGAAUGCAUUACCGGCCUGGAUUUAGUCCAGCAGAUGAUCCGAAUUGCCAAGGGUUACACACUCCAACACACACAGGCUGACAUCCCCAUCAACGGCUGGGCCAUCGAGAGCAGAGUUUACGCUGAGGAUCCCUACAAAUCCUUUGGCCUGCCUUCCAUCGGUCGCCUGUCCCAGUACCAGGAGCCAGGCAAUCUCACCGGUGUGCGAGUGGACAGUGGAAUUCAAGAAGGAAGUGACAUCAGUAUUUACUAUGACCCCAUGAUAUCCAAACUGGUUUCCUACGGCUCCACGAGGGCAGAAGCACUGCAGAGGAUGGAGAAGGCUCUCGACAGUUAUGUGAUUCGGGGUGUGACCCACAAUAUUCCGCUGCUCAGAGAGAUCAUCGUUAAUCCUCGCUUCAUCUCCGGGGACAUCAGCACAAAGUUCCUCCCAGAGGUCUACCCAGAGGGCUUCAAAGGUCACCAGCUGUCAGGUUCGGAACGGGCAGAACUGCUGGCCACCGCUGCCUCGCUGUUUGUGGCGACACAGCUCCGCUCCCAGAGAUUCCUGGGUAACCUCAGAGUCUCCAGUGCCCAGCAGGAGCGGAGGAAGUGGGAGCUGUCCCUGGAGCUGGAGAAGGGGGUCCACGCUGUCACUGUCUCCCGCUCGGGAUCAACCUACACCGUGGAUCUUGAUGGGGAAAGCGUGGAUGUGUCCAGCGAGUGGAACCUGGCGUCUGCUUUGUUACCCGUCACCGUCAACGGCACCCAGAGGACCGUGCAGUGCCUUUCCCGAAAUGCAGGAGGAGAGAUCAGCCUUCAGUAUCUGGGCACAGUGUAUAAAGUGCGGGUGCUGAGUAAGCUGGCGGCCGCGCUGAGCAAGCACAUGCCCGAGAAGGUUCCGGAAGACACCAGCAGCAUCUUGCGCUCCCCCAUGCCCGGCUCUGUGGUGGCAGUGUCUGUCAAGCCCGGAGACACGGUGGCUGAGGGUCAAGAGAUCUGUGUUAUCGAAGCUAUGAAGAUGCAGAACAGCAUGACUGCUGCUAAAACAGCCAAGGUGAAAAGUGUGCACUGCAAACCAGGAGAGACCGUUGGGGAGGGAGACCUUCUGGUGGAGCUGGAGUGAUUGUUCCUUUGUGUCCUCAUUGGUUUGGCUGUGCUGUUUCUGUGAGUCAGAAUAAAAACUGAAGAACUUUGGGUAGAGUAGUUGACACAUUCCUCAUCGAAUUUUGUAUGGUGUGGUAUUUGAAGGGAUUCCCUGAGGGACAAAGCCAAUUUAUGCACACUUUAUGCCUUGACCCUUCUAAGGUCAUUCGAUGUAAAAUGAAUCAAAUUGCUAGGUGUCCUUUGUAGUUAACAGUACAUUGCAUUUAGCUCUGUGCAUUCUGAUUCAGUGAAAUGCAGCUGUCUGAAAUCCAGGCACUUCAGCACCAGUGUGUUAUUCUGUAUUAAGGCCCUCAGUUGAAUUUUCACAGGUUGGUUAAAGGGUUGCCUUGCCUGGCAUGCUGAUGCUGGCAAACACUGUUUCCAAAUGGGAGAAUUUGAUGAUGUUACACACUAAUCCCAGCAA